AUGGCAACUAAACUUGCUGAGGGCCAGGACGCACAAGUAUCAGCACCAUCACCAAAUUCUGAGCCUCGUUCGGAAAUUCUUGAUCUGGAGAAAGAGGAACGAGAUUUAGCAGUUCUUGGUGAUAUUCCCACGGACAUCACGACCAUCACAGCUCAUACUCAUCGAAGCUCAGAUCUGGCAGCUCGCUAG